GUUGGUUGUCAUUAUGAAACAGCUGAUUGCCUAAUUGAGGUUGAGUUAUAUUGAAGUGAUGGCCAUAAUUAGCUAUUACUUUCGAAAAAUUGGGGUUUUGGACAUUAUAGAGUGUGAUUAAAACAUUAAUAAAAUUUCAACAUCGUUAUAGUCACUUUCCUACACCGUCAUGACGACAUCGUCAGAAGACGUACUGCUUCAAGUGAGCCAAGUCCGGUACAAGAAAGGCGAUGGCACGUUGUAUGUGAUGAACGAGCGGUUGGCGUGGAUGCUGGAUCAUAGGGAUACAGUGUCUGUAAGCCAUCGGUACACAGAUAUCAAAUUACAAAAGAUUUCACCUGAAGGCAAACCUAAAGUGCAACUUCAAGUUGUAUUGCAUGAUGGAACUACGUCAACAUUUCAUUUCGUCAACAGGCUGGGUCAGGAAGCGCAAAUAAAAGACAGGGAUGAUGUUAAAGAAUUACUGCAGCAACUUCUUCAAAAGUUUAAACGAGAAGUUAAUAAAGAGCUUGAAGAGAAAAACAGGCUUCUGACAGAGAACCCUGCAUUGUUGCAAUUAUAUCGUGAUUUAGUAAUAACUCAUGUAGUUACUUCAGAAGAAUUUUGGGCUCAUCAUGCUGUACAAUACACACAGAAGCAGCUUAACCAAAAACAGGAUAUUGGUGUCUCAGGAGCAUUUUUGGCUGACAUAAAGCCUCAGACAGAUGGAUGCAAUGGUUUGAAGUAUAAUCUGACUGCUGAUAUUAUAGAGUGCAUAUUCAAAACAUAUCCUGCUGUACGUAAAAAACACUUAGAAUAUGUUCCUCACAAGCUCAGUGAAGCUGACUUUUGGACUAAAUUCUUCCAGUCACACUAUUUUCAUAGAGACCGUAUCAAUGCAGGUUCAAAGGAUCUCUUCACUGAGUGUGCCAAGUUGGAUGAUCAAGAACUGAAGAAAGAUAUCACCUGUGGUAUUGAAGAUCCACUUGUAAACAUAACAGAAUUUGAAGACACCACAUUGGAUGAAGGUUAUGGUACUGGAAUCGAGAAGUCUGGCACAUCUCAGAGUGGCAAUAUGGUUCAUCAGAAUAUGAUAAAGAGGUUUAACCAGCAUUCAAUUAUGGUAUUAAAAGCCUGUCAGCAACAUACGUAUGAGCAGCCAGAGUCACCAUCCCAGAUAAAUGGCAAUAUAAACAGUGAACCACAGUCAAAUGUAAAAAAGUUAAGACUUCAGGAGAAGAUAACAUAUGAAGACCUAGAUGCCGCUAGCGAGUCCAAUAAUGUCAGUGCCCCACAACUAAGUCUGUCUAGAGUUGAUAGGUAUUUGCAUGGACCAAUGCCUGACUCCUCAGCUGAAGGACUGACAGGAGAACAGCUGUUGGGAACCUCCAUGAAACUUGGUAGGGAGGCACAAAGUUGGGGAGUAUUACAGCGGCAUAAUACAACACUGGUGAAUCCUGCAUCAGCUGUUAGUGCCUUAGGAGAACUGACUCCAGGAGGUGCAUUAAUGAAAGGUUUCCAGGAGGAAUCUCUAGCACAGCUUGUGCCACCGGAUCUUGAGAAGGAACUGAAGAAUCUGUACAUGUCAAUGUGUGAGCUACUACGCCAUUUUUGGGCAUGCUUUCCCCCAACUACAACAACAUUAGAGCAGAAAGCAGCCCAUAUGCAUGAAGCACUCCACAGGUUUCACUCAGCUAGGCUGAAACCUUUUGAGGAUAGAGUGCUGAGAGAAUAUUCACCCUUGAGCCACAAUCUGACUAGUCACCUGAAUCAGCUGCUGAAUGCAGCUUACCGUAAAUUUGCUACAUGGCAACAGCGCAAAAUGCAGAUCCUGAGGUAGCCAAAGGAACAUGGUGUAUUUACAGGACUCAGUUACCACAAAUUAUUCAUGCCAAAAAGAAGUUUGAAGCAUUUAAUAUAUAUAUUUACUGUAUAUUUCUGAUAAAACAGAACAGUGCUACACAGACAUCCGUGAUGUAUUUUAAUAAGUGAUGUACAUGUGAAUACUCAAGUAUUAAACAUUUAUAGUUUUGUA